UCAGUGUCCAUCAGUGCCACCCAUAAGUGCCAGUCAGUGCCACCUAUCAGUGCUGCCAAUCAGUGCCACCUAUUAGUGCCAGUCAGUGCCGCCUAUCAGUGCCAUGUAUCAGUGCUGCCUUUCAGUGCCCAUCAGUGAUGCCUGUCAAUGCCCAUCAGUGCCGCCAAUCAGUGCCAGUCAGUGCCGCCUAUCAGUGCGCAUCAGUGCCGCCUAUCAGUGCCAGUCAGUGCAACCUAUCAGUGCCACCUUUCAGUGCCAGUCAGUGCCACCUAACAGUGCCAGUCAGUGCCGCCUAUCAGUGCCGCCUAUCAGU